UCAGUUGAACCAAUGACAAUCAGGAUGAUAGCAUUCAUUUUCUUUCUUGUAGCCUCGGUAAUUGCUAUUCCAGUCAAAAAACCUGAUCCCAUGAUCAAUGAAGGACUUUUUGAAGGUGACAUAGCUGGAAUAGAUCCCUACAAGGACAGAAAUGCAGUUCCUUUAGACUCUCAGCGCUGGCGUAACGGUAUCGUUCCUUAUGUCAUGGAUCCAUCUGUUACUCAUAUGAAGGCCUCGAUUGAAGUAGCGAUGGGCCUGAUCGAAAGAAAUUCCUGCAUUCAUUUUAAAAAAAGGUCAAAGGAGCAUAACUACGUAAGAAUAUUUUCAGGAAAUGGGUGUUGGUCCUACUGGGGGCUGCUUAACCAAGGUGAGCAAAAAUUGUCUCUCGAUGACAGGUGUGACAACAUGGCUACUAUCCUCCACGAGUUACUCCAUACUUUAGGUUUUAACCACGAGCAUACUAGAUCAGACAGAGAUGAUUAUCUCAAUAUUCACCUGGAAAAUGUUGAUAAGGCAUGGCAGCACGUAUUUAACAAGCUCGAAGACCACGAAAACAGAUUGCUGACCUAUUUCGAUUAUGAUUCAAUUAUGCUGUAUGGAGAGAGAUAUUACGCGAAGGCUGAUGGUUUGAAGACUAUGACUGCAAAAGACGGACGAUAUUUGGAUGAGCCUUACAAGAAACUUACACUGUCUCUCUUGGACAUAAAGAGACUGAACAUAUUGUAUGAAUGUCGAAAAUAACUAAUUUUAUUUAGCAUACACAUCCUACCAUGAAAAUUCGUUAUUGCUUUUCUUGACGUUUUUCUAAAUAGUACUAUGCAUUCUAUUUUUACUUUCUAAUGAAUGAAGAGAAAUUUUUCUUAUAUGCGAAGAUUCCAAUCUACAAAAGUAUUCGACCUUAAGAUUUUGAUAAAUUAGAAAGAAAAAAACUCACUUUCUCAAGUUUUAAAACUAUUUUUUUCAAGGAAUAAACCUCAGACGAGAUAUCAAAACAGACAUGUUACGCUUUUGAGUUAAAAAAUUUAAUAACUAAUUGUGGAAUUUUAUUUGAAUGUGAAAAGAUUUCUAGAUUAAGAAUGAAAAAAAAAAUAUAUUGCUUGCAAAUGCUUUGCAUAAUGUUGGAAAAAUAAUUUAUUUCAAGGGUGCGGUUCUGUAUUUUUGAGAAGCAAAGAUAAAGUGCUUUUAAAUUCAAGUUUUUCAGAUUAUUUAUAAUUGUUGUAUUUAAAAUAAUGUUAUAUUCUUCAUGAAAUAAUGAGAUUUUUCAUCAUAUUAGUUACUGCACAAGUUCUAUUAUUUUUUAAGUGUUAACUGCAUACUUUUUAAAAAGAUUUAUUAAAUCUUUUAAAAAAUUAACAAAAAAAAAUGCUAAAAUUUUAAACUUCGUUUUAAAACUUUACUUAGUUCAAAGUUUAUAGCCGUUUCAUGAAAUAAAUUUUUAUACAAUUCCAAUAUCCGGAGAAGGGAAAGGAGAAAUUUAAACAACCAUUACUCCAAGAGUCUUAGUUUUAAAAUAUUCAAAAAAAUUCCAUUUUAUGUAUUAAAAUAUUUCAAGAUUGUUUUUUUAAAUACAGUUUAUAAAAUAAAGAGAUUAAAUAAAUAUUAUAUUUAAUUAGUAGCAAAAAUAAUUAUGUAUAUCAUUUAAAGUAUUUUUUAAAUCAACAGUUUUAUGCUAUCUCCAAAGUUUAUCAUUAAUUUCUUUUUAUAAUCGUAAUAAAUAGAUCUACUUUUCUGCGAAGGAGUCAGUAAGCUAUUGGGAGAUAAUUUUAGACAAUAUUUGUUACGUUUAUCAUAUUUAAUUUAAGUUGAUUCUUUUAAAUUAAUUAAGCAAUUAAUUGAUAAGCACAAUUAAUUUUGUUCCAGUUAAUAAUGUUCAAAUGUGGGAAAAUUAGUUUAAGGCAUGGCGUGGAAUGGCAGGAAAAUCUGAAAGAAAUAAAACUAUGUUCUGAACUCAUUCAGAAAAAACUGUUUGACAAACCUAUGCUUUAGCAAUAAAUAGCUCUCUUCAAAUGGAAAGCUGCUGGGGGUUUUUAACAAGUAAAACACAACUGGUGUUCAGCUUUCCUUGAGUGUCCUCCAAGAAUGAAGUUGUCGUCUACAAUUUUAAUUUAAUUUUGACUUCUACCCCACCUUCUUGUGUGUAGUUGAUUGGCGAAGCAGAAUAUAUUGCAUUUAUCUCUAUUACUUUUAUGAACUUCGGGACUCCAAGUCUUGACUUAAAUAUGCUUCAAAAAUGGAAUUAGAACCAUUAUCACAUUCAAUCGUGUAUUUUAAAAUUAAAUUUGGGUUUCGAACUAAGAAACUAAUGGCUGAAUCUUAUUACUUACUAGCCGACUCUAGCGACCAGCUGGUUCUCUUGGGUUUAUUGCUCCUUAAAAAUUAAAUAUUUUAUGAAACUACAAUGUCUUAAUGGUUUCCUUAACAAAAUGCUUUUACACUACUAAACAUUUAAAACAUGAAAUUUGCCCAUGCCAUUCUGAAGUUUAUUCCUAGAUAUUGUGAUAUUUAUGUUAUAUACUAUUUUUAAUUAA